AUGAUAAAAGACUUUUAUUCGCAAAGUACUGAAUAUUUGUUCAUUCCAUUAGAAGCACAUUUUGAAUACCAAAAUCCAGAAUAUAUGGCGAAUUCAUCAUUGGCAAUUCGACGUGCAAAUCGAACUCAUUUGUCGAUGAAUGUUAUUUUUAAUUAUCUUCAAGAUGUAUACGAGCCAGAAAUACAUUGUGAAUUUAAAACAUUUCGAAAUAACGAAUACAAACCAACAGGGAUAGCUUUCGAUUUAUCUCUUUGUGAUUUAAUGAGCGACGCUGACCUUAAUGUGUACAAAGAACUCAUGUCAGAUGGUAUUCAUGGGAAUAUACCAGAAUGUGAUGAUGUGAUGCCAAAAGGAAAUUAUUGGAUGAAAGAUGUUGUGGUUUCAUCAAAAAUAAAGAAGUCAAUAUUUUUACCGGGUAAAUGGAGAACAGAAUUUGUAGUGGUUGAUAAAAAUAAUGUGAAAAUUUUUGCAGGUGCAACUGUCAUACAAAUAGACGAGAUUCUAUCAAAUUAA